AUGCCGAAAUCCCGAGGAAGCGCCAAAGUCCACCAGCGUUUGUCUGUCUCUCUUGGUGACGGCAUUCUGCCACAAACUUCAUCUCUGCCGCAAACUUCGUUUGAUUGCUUUGCCAACAGCCGCGCAGAUGCGCUUCAUGUCUGCGACUUGCAAGAAAAGUUCCGCACUGCCAUUCACGAGUUUGACAAGGUCGUCACGACGACGGAGAAGCUCCUCGCCUUUGCCAAGGCCGCCUCGAUACCCGUGCACGUCACGACGCAGACGGCGGCCAAGCUCGGGCCGACGGUGCCCAGCGUGGCCGCGCACCUGACGUCGACGCCGAUUGACAAGACGCGCUUCUCGAUGCUGGUGCCCGCGGUGGAGGCGCGCCUGACGCCCGCGUCGCAGGUCGCGCUCGUCGGCAUCGAGUCGCACAUUUGCAUCACGCAGACGGCGCUGGACCUGCGCGACGCCGGCCACGCCGUCUACGUCAUUGCCGACGGCGUCAGCAGCUGCAACCGCCAAGAGGUCGUCGUCGCGCUCGAUCGCCUGCGCGCCGAGCCCGGCGUGAGCGUCACGUCGAGCGAGAGCUGGAUGUACGAGUGUCUCGGCGAUGCCGCCCACCCGGCGUUUAAGCCUCUCAUCACCAUUGUCAAGGGCGCGGGCGAAAACACGAAAAACGUCCUAGCCAGCUUGCCUCCCAUGCCCAAAAUCUAG